GAGGCGGGAGGAUUUCAAGGCGGGAUGGAGGAGAAGCUGGUCCGGGUGAGGGUGUCGUGUCCCGUCCCGUCCCCUCCCCUGGGCCGGCUGCUUUCCCUAGGCCCGGAGCUGCGGGCGCAGGAUGGGCAGCUCGGGGAAGAGCGCGGCCGCCCGGGCCCUUGGGGAGCUGAGUUCGGGGUCGCGCGCCGCCCCGCAGGGAGUUGCUUGGGGCCGGAUCUGCCAGGUUACUUUAUGGCUAAAAAAAGUGUAUGGGGACCAGCCCAUUCCACAAUACAAAGUGAACGCACGGUCUGUUGACAUUUUGCACCAACUUGCAGAAUGCAAUGAAACCAGGGACAGGGACAUCUCUCUGCUGAUGGAUGACAUGAAACAGAAGACAGCGGAAUAUGGAUUAGAAGCCAACUACCUACAGGAUCUUCUCGCACAAAGCGUGAACCUUUCCUUGACCUGUCUGUCCAAGAUGGGCACCCACUAUUUGAAUGCACUGGUAGAUAGUGCAAUGGCACUUGAGACAAAGGACACUUCCCUAGCAAGCUUCAUCCCUGCUAUCAAUGAUUUGACCUCAGACUUGCAUAAAGUGGAAUCGAGGAAUAGAGAAUUGGAACUUGAAUUGACCACCUUUAGGGAAAAGCUAACCAAAGCACUGGUGCUAGAAAAACGUCUUCAGGACGACCUUAAGAAAACAGAAGAACAUGUAAUGGUGGAAAAGGCCAAAGCUGACAGCCGAACCCAAAACAUGAAGUUCCUGAAGAACAAAUCUGAGGACUUCAAAUUCAGGAUCAAGGCUGCAGAGGAGCAGCUUGUUGCCAAUAGGAUGGAUCCCUCCCUGACACAUGAGUCAUUAGUGAGCCUCUCAGAGAAACUAGCUGAACUAAAGCAGCAGACCAGGCCUUUGAAGAAGAAACUGAAGUCCUACCUGGACUUAACGCCUAAUCCUUCCCUUGCUCGAGUAAAGAUUGAAGAAGUAAAGCGGGAGCUGAAUGCUCUUGAGGAGGAGUUCUCUGCAAAAGUAGACAUGUUGGCACUUUCAGUCCCAGAACCCAGAAAACACCAAUUUAUGUAAACCUGCCUGCCUGGAACAGGUCGGGGGGGGGGUUGUUGCUUUUUUUUUUUUUUUUUUUUUAAUUGUAGAUCUUUUGGAUUUCUAAACCUAUUGGACUUAUAAAUAUUGUCUUGUCACUUAUAAACUGUGUGCUUGCAAGCAAUCAAGCUGUUUUUUUCAAAGAUUUGCAUAACUUUGUUCUUGUAAAAAUUGUAUAUUCUUUUUUUUUUUUUUUUUUUUUUCUUCUCAAAGCCUGACAAAUAAAACCAGGUUUCCUUCCUUGUCUGAUUUUUGCCAUAAAUAAGGCAUUAAAAACUGUAGGUGACCUCCAGAUGGCACCGUAGGCAGGAAAUAAAACUAGGUCAGUAUUUGGGAAGACUUCUUGGACUACAUAUAUAUUUUUUUCACUUGGCAGGCAGCUACCCCAUUACCCAUAGUAUCUCUGUCUUGCCUGGCUUCUAGAUUUCUGUUCUUAAAAUGCUCCUCUCUUUAAUGUGGUGGGAAUAUCUGACCCCAAUUGCCUAAUGUAUCUCAGGUUGACAGAUUCUCCUGACUAAAUGUAUAUGUGUGGGGUUUGUGUGUUUUAGUUUUUUUUCUGGAGCCAAAUCAUCUUUUCUUAUGGCCUGACAUUUUCAUUAUGCUUAGGUUGACCAUAUGCGACCACAGGAAAUCUUGGAUGCUGCCCCCAUCCCCUAAGUCAGUGAUGCUGCUGCAGGCAGAGGCAGAGUGGCAUAGUGUGCCAGCCUACUCUGCCUACUUCCCAGGCUGCAUCCCGUGCCCCUGUGAUUUGAGGACACUUGUUUUAACCUUCAUCAACUGGCCCAUGAAAUCUCGGACUGUACUGCCCAAAUUGGGACAUAUGGCCACCCUGUUAUGCUUGACCCCAAUUCCUUGGCUUUGAUCAGGUAGCACCAGAUCCUUAGGUAGUGUCCUAGACAAGUACUUGCCAGGCCUCAAGCGACUGUUUAGUUUCUAUGUUUGGAUGAGACUCAGUGUGUUCAGUCCAGCAUAGCCAUA